AUGGGUGUCGAACCUCCAUUCAUUUACGACCGACCUUCGACAUACACCUUUGGGAGCCCAACUGAUCGUGCCUUCAACCCCAAGGCUGCGACCCAUGCUUCCUGGACUCCCAAACCUCCGAAGCCCAAGCAAGAUGGUCCACUGGUUGAUUUCAACAAGCAUCCUGACUCUUACAUAGUCGUUCCUUACGGCAACCUCAAUGCCACACCGAUGCCUCCCAAUACCCACAAGAAGAUCGUCCGGGUCCGAUACGUCCAGCUCUUCCUGAGAGUUUGUGCUUUGAUCGGAGCUCUGGGCUCCCUCUUCUGCGUUAUCGCCAUCAACAAAACCACCGCAACUGUGGGAUGGAUCAUUCGCGCUGCUCCUGCCGUUGCCAUUCUUCACACCGUCUAUGCGGUCUUCCACCUCGCCCGGGCACCUACAAGCCGCACUCCUGCCUCCACAGCAAGCUAUAUGAUCUUUGCUGCCAUGGUGGACACGGGGCUGAUCCCUUUCUGGGUCUUCUGCGCAUGGGUGGCACAGGCAGACUACUCAAGAAAUGAAUACGGAUGGAGCACGUUGUUCAAUGAUUCGGAUCUGUCAUACAAGAUCAUCAACGCUUUCUUCCUUCUCUCGUGCGUCGAGGGUGGUCUGAUGGUGGUGUCUCUGUUCCUGGACAUCUACCUGGGUGUGAAGUUCAGGCAGAUCUCCAAGUUGCCGCCGGACAUGAAUCCUCUGGAAGCGAACCUCACAUCCAGGCACAAGCGGAAUAAAUCGGGAAUAACGGAGAAGAACAUGAGAUCGUCGGCGCUGACCGCGAAGCGGGAGUCGCAGGUUUCAGGUUUCAAGAGAAUUCCUUUCAUCCAUACCCGCACCGACUCCGCCGACAGCGUCACACUCUACGGCGGCGACAGUGCCCGCAACUCCAGGGUAGAGUUCCGCAAAGAGCUGGAUGAAAACGAAAAGGACCCGUGGCGGUGGUCACGAAACUCGUCUCCCGAACGACCUGGCUCUGCGGUCAAUCCUUCUCCAAAUUCCCGGUCGGCUGGCAGUGGACUUGACUUCCGCCCUGAACGCUCGUCCAUGCUGAAGGAGAAGCCAUCUCGUCCAUCUUCGUGGCUCUCAUACCUCGACUACGAAGGCGUGCCCAGCACGAUGAGCGAGGAGGCUUCCGCAGAACUGGACCACGAAGUCCGGCCCAUAUCCCCUGUGUCUGCAAUAUCCGCUGUGGACAUAACUUCCGACAAGAUUCACCGUGAACGGGAGAACUGGUACCAUGGCUCUCCGGCACGCAACAGCCAGGUUCAUUUGCCCCCACGUGCAAACAAUAGUCAGAUUAACAUCCACUCGAACAACACGAGCAAGUCUAAUUUGCAUCAAUCACUUCCUAUGCCAUCUCCGGAGUCUCCGCCAAGGAAGAGAAGCCGUGAGCCUCUGGGAAUGAAUCCUCCUACGCCUAAGCGCUCAUCUUUCAACGAUGAAAAUGCAUUCGUCACACCAGUAAAGGAUUCCCGCAUCCAGCAUGACGGUAACCGAGCCGCCCUCCACGAUGCAGACGGCAACGCCCAGGGACCCCUCAGAGGUACCCCUGCCAAUAGCAGACCGUCCAGCUUCGUCGGCAGUGGAGGUAAGGCACGCUUCUAUGGGGAUCUUCGCCAGUCCAUUGGCACUGUAUCUCCUUCUCACGAGGAAACCAACAAAAAGGCAGAUAUUCAGGUCAGCAUCAACGAGGUUCAGGACAUGUAUGAACGAACUCGGACAAUGCAGACAGAAAGCGACUAUUCCGCCAACUUCGAGGUGUACUCCACAUCCGACGACGAAGGCGAAGGAAGAUUGAGCGCCAACAUCACCAACGUGCAGGCGGCUUCUCCGUCACAAUGGAAUGGUGCCAGACAGACCUCGAACUCGACUGGGUUCGACAUGAACAGUGGGUAUGCGGGUCUUGGUGCAGAAUUUGGUAAGGGGAUGGGCAGGCGGAGAGACGUCAGCGGCAAAGUAGCUGAAGAGGGCAGAGCGAGCCCGACGAGAAACGGGGCAGCGGGAUGGGAGAGGUUCAAAGGCUUGUGA